CUGUUUUGCUUGUUUACGUUGCCGCCGACUUUGCUCCCCCGGUAGCUGUUGCUGCUGCUCUAAUCACUGCGUGGAGGCAGCUUUUGAGUGCAGUUGAAAGUGAAACUCUGUGGAGAAUGCUGGAUGUGAUUGCAACGCUGUUGAUUACCCUGGCCAUUGGCUUCUGGUAUGUGCGCACGAGGCUGAGCUACUGGGCGAGGCGUGGGAUCGGACAUGUGAGGCCCAGCUUUCCCAUGGGCAACAUGGAUGGACUGCGCAGGACAAAGCACUUUAAGGAUAUUGUGACACCGCUGUACGAACUGUUCAAGGGCAGCGGAGCACCAUUUGCCGGCAUCUACAUGAUGCUUCGACCCGUGGUUUUGGUUCUGGAUUUAGAACUGGCCAAGGAGGUGUUGAUCAGGGACUUUGCGAACUUUGAGGAUCGUGGCAUGUAUCACAACGAGCGGGACGAUCCUCUGACCGGGCACCUCUUUCGCAUCGAUGGACCCAAGUGGCGGCCACUGCGCCACAAGAUGUCACCCACGUUCACGUCGGGCAAGAUGAAGUUCAUGUUCCCCACCGUGUGCGAGGUGGGCGUGGACUUGGCUGAGGUCUGCGGCGAACUGGCAUCGAAUGCCAUGUGCGGCAUCCUGGAGAUCAGUGAUAUUAUGGCGAGAUACACCUCCGAUGUGAUUGGCCGCUGUGUGUUCGGCCUGGAGUGCAACGGAUUGCGAAAUCCCGAGGCCGAGUUUGCCGUGAUGGGGCGCCGGGCAUUCACCGAACGUCGCCACAACAAGCUGAUCGAUGGCUUCAUCGAGAGCUUCCCAGACCUGGCACGUCGUCUGCGCCUGUGUCAGAUACAUCCGGACAUCACUGAAUUCUAUGUACGCAUUGUGAAGGAGACUGUGAAGCUGAGAGAGGAGCAGGGAAUUGUGAGGAACGAUUUCAUGAAUCUCCUCAUCGAAAUGAAACGGAGCGGCGAGCUCACCCUGGAGGAGAUGGCUGCCCAAGCUUUCAUCUUCUUUGCGGCCGGCUUCGACACCUCAGCCUCGACCUUGGGAUUCGCACUGUACGAGUUGGCCCGGCAGCCACACCUGCAGGACAAGUUGAGGCAAGAAAUCGAUGCUGCCCUGCAACUGCGUGAGGGACAAUUUACUUACGACUCCAUGCAAGAGCUGCGCUACAUGGAGCUGGUCAUUGCAGAAACACUGAGAAAAUAUCCACCACUGCCACAUCUCACGCGCAUCUCCAAGAACUGGUAUGCCGCAAAAGGCCACAGGCACUUCUACAUAGAGCCCGGACAGAUGCUUUUAAUACCUGUGUAUGGCAUUCACCACGAUCCCACCAUCUACCCUGAGCCACACAAAUUCAAACCCGAGCGAUUCAUGGUCGAUCAGCUGGCCCAGCGACCCACCGCCGCCUGGCUGCCCUUUGGCGAUGGGCCACGCAACUGCAUCGGAAUGCGUUUCGGCAAGAUGCAAACGAGCAUUGCCCUGGUUCAGCUACUCAGACGGUUCCACUUCAGUGUUUGUCCACGCACGGCACCCAAAAUUGAAUUUGUCAAAUCGAAUAUACUGCUAUGCCCAGCGAACGGCAUCUACUUGAAGGUGCAAGAGAUAAGCAGCCGCAAAUGAUAGCCAUACUCAUGGACUGCGUAAGAGAUACCCCAAAUAAUUGUGUUCACCAGCGAAUUUCAAACUGAUAUUACUAGCAUACAUACAUAUAAUGUUUUUUAUCAUACCGAAUCGAGCCUCAAACAAAUUCUAUAUCUUGCUGUUACAUUUUGUUGGGCUAGAUUAAAACGCAUAUUGAUUAAUUCGUGUAUUAGGUGUCAGCACUAUCAAUACGUUUAUCAGUUCAGGUAUAACGAAUAUAAUCGUUACCAGGCAAAUUUCAAUGCUGUUAUUUCACAAGCGUAUUUAAAUUCCUGAUCAUUAAGUGAAUUAACCUAUUUUUGUGCAUUUAUUUUUCACUGUCUUAAUUAGUGGAAAGUUUUAUUUAUCUUCACGUUUGUCACGGUCUAAAGCCACCUCCUCAAUCAA